CCGACCUACCCAGCCAUGCCAAGCCCCUCUGACCCCCGCCCCGUCCCGCCGCGGAUAAGGGGCUGCAAGUGCAAGGGUGCGCGGCGUCUAGGAGUUGGCAGCACGGAAGCGAGAGGAGAGAUACCCUUGCGUGAUUGGCAGCACUGCGGCUCAGCUGAGAGAAACAACAUGGGGGAGAACCGGCCUACUAAUGCUUUUAAAGAAUUCAGCGAGUCCGUCAUCAGCAUGGUGGACCGCCCCGUGACAUGGUUCAGAGAAAAUGUUGUGGCCACUAACCGCCCACAAUACAACUGGUACCAUCAGCAGUUCCGCCGCGUGCCCACCAUUGAUGAGUGCUACACGGACGACGUAGUUUGCUACACUGAGGCCAACGAGCAGUUCAAGCGAGACAAGCAGGUGGACAAUGAAAUCCUCAACAUCCUAAGGCAGCGGCAGGAGGACUGCAUAAUCUACGAGAAAAACGACCACCGCACCAAGUGUGCCCACAUCAUGGAGGAAUACAACAAGGCAGCAGAGAACUGGUUCAUCAAAUAUGGGGACCUGGGUAUAUAUGGUGAUGUAAAGACGGCAUACAUGAAGCAGAAGCACCGCCUCAUCUGGGAGCGGCGCCACGGGAAAGUAGGCUCUGGCAUGAAGACUGACAUGGACUGAGGUCAUUAAUGACUUGUAAAGAUGUACCAGUUAACCAUCUUGUAUUGUGCAGAGAGGACAUCAUCAGGAACCUAGCUUUCCCACAUAGUAAUAUCCAUCAGAUAAGAUUCUUCAUUGCAUUCUUAACAAGUUUGUAAAUAUUUAUAAUGGUAAUAAAUUUACUUACAUUAUC